GUGUGAGAGAUGCUGACAUGUCAGAGCUGCGGUCCAUUGUCUCUGACCCCAAAGAAUCUCACAUGUACUAUAUUAAGGAAUUCCUUUCUUUGUCGGACAUCACCAACAACCUCUACAUUGACCUCUGUAACAGCGCUAAAAGCUUAGACUCUAUCAGGCUGGUGAAUGGAACCAGUCUGUGUUCAGGCAGACUGGAGGUGAAGUCUAACCAGUCUAACCAGUGGUGGUCCUCAGUGUGUGACGCUGACUUUGACCAGCAGGAUGCAGAGGUGGUCUGUAGGGAGCUUGGCUGUGGGGCUCCUUCAGUCCUCCAGGGGGCGCUCUAUGGAGAAGUGGAGGCUCCAAUGUGGACCAAAGAGUUCCAGUGUGGAGGCAAUGAGUCUGCUCUCCUGGACUGUAGCAGCUCAGACUCAGCUAGAACCACCUGCUCACCUGGGAAAGCUGUUGGACUCACCUGCUCAGGUGCUCAGUGUGAAUCCACAGCCAAGACUGACAUCGUGCUGUUGGUGGACACCUCUGGAAGCAUCAGCGAUAACGACUUUGAAUCCAUCCUUGUCUUUCUUGCUGACGUAGUCAGAGGCUUUGACAUCGGCCCAGACAAAUUCCAGAUUGGUGUGACUCUGUACAGUGACAGUCCAGAGACCAUGUGGAACCUGAACACCUAUCAAAACAAAGAAUCCCUGCUGAACGCCAUAGCCGACCUGAAACACACUGGAGGAAACACCAUGAUAGGAAGGGCUCUGGACCACAUCAACCAGAUGAGCUUUAAACCCCAUGUGGGAAUGCGUGUGGACUCCCGUAAAAUUGCUGUUCUCAUCACCGACGGGGAGUCUCAGGAUGACGUAAACCUCCCCUCACAGAACCUGAAAGACAGGGGCAUUGAGAUCUACACUAUCGGUGUGAGAGAUGCUGACAUGUCAGAGCUGCGGUCCAUUGCCUCUGACCCCAAAGAAUCUCACAUGUACUAUAUUAAGGAAUUCCUUUCUUUGUCGGACAUCACCAACAACCUCUACAUUGACCUCUGUAACAGCGCUAAAAGCUUAGACUCUAUCAGGCUGGUGAAUGGAACCAGUCUGUGUUCAGGCAGACUGGAGGUGAAGUCUAACCAGUCUAACCAGUGGUGGUCCUCAGUGUGUGACGCUGACUUUGACCAGCAGGAUGCAGAGGUGGUCUGUAGGGAGCUUGGCUGUGGGGCUCCUUCAGUCCUCCAGGGGGCGCUCUAUGGAGAAGUGGAGGCUCCAAUGUGGACCAGAGAGUUCCAGUGUGGAGGCAAUGAGUCUGCUCUCCUGGACUGUAGCAGCUCAGACUCAGCUAGAACCACCUGCUCACCUGGGAAAGCUGUUGGACUCACCUGCUCAGAGCCUGUCAGAUUGGUGGGAGGAGCCAGUCGCUGUGCAGGUACACUGCAGGUGAACCGAGGAGAGUGGAGACCAGUGGAUGACGAUGGCUGGACCCUGAAGGAAGCAGCUGUAGCCUGUAGAGAGCUGGACUGUGGCUCUGCUGUUUCAACAAGGAGAAGAAUGGAGUCCUCAUACAGCUCUGUAUGGAAGAUCAACACUGACUGUGUUCAUUCUGGAUUUACCCUGAGGGAUUGUUCAUCAUCAGCUUCCCCUUCCGCCAUCCUGGAAAUCACCUGUUCAG